CGCCUUCCACGGCGGCAGCUUUGCUUUCUGAGGGUUUUUGGCCGCGCCGGGCGCCGUAGCAGCUGCAGAGGCUCCGCCUGAUUGAUGCUCCCGGGAGGAGGAAGGAGUAUGGCGGCGCUGCAGGUCCGGCUGGAAGCGAGAGGGAGAGGGACCGGUGAGGUGGGUGUCAGCUGCGGCCGUGAGCUCCUCGUGUCAUCUCAGCUCUUCUAGGUUUUAGUGUUUUUUAUGUGUUUCUUUCCUGGAGUCCUGAUACAUAAGACAUGUGAGACAAAGAUGGCGUCCGGCAGCUGGUGAUGUGCGACGCCCCCUUCAGGAUCCUCUGAUAUUUAUCCAGACAUCCUCCUAGCAUUGUACGGUACGGCUGAAGGUUUUUGUACUGAUCGGACGGCGCCCCCCAGAGGUCAAGAUGUUUUCAGCUCUGAAGAAACUCGUGGGGUCCGAUGUGUCGACUCUACGGGACAAGAAUAUCCCCGCGGGGCUGCAGUCCAUGAACCAGGCGCUGCAGAGGAGGUUCGCCAAGGGAGUGCAAUAUAAUAUGAAAAUUGUCAUCAGGGGAGACAGAAACACAGGGAAGACCACACUCUGGCAUCGGCUGCAGGGGAAGAAGUUUGUGGAAGAAUAUAUCCCCACUCAGGAGAUCCAGGUCACCAGCAUACACUGGAACUACAAGACCACUGAUGACAUAGUGAAGGUUGAGGUCUGGGAUGUGGUAGAUAAGGGUAAAGGUAAGAAGAGAGGCGAGAGCUCCUUGAAACUGGAAAAUGAGCCCCAGGAGUCUGACGCUGACCUUGCCCUGGAUGCAGAGUUCCUGGACGUUUACAAGAAUUGUAAUGGAGUCAUCAUGAUGUUUGACAUCACUAAGCAAUGGACCUUUAACUACAUCAUGCGGGAGCUGCCGAAGGUCCCUAGCCAUGUUCCUGUAUGUGUGCUUGGAAAUCAUCGUGAUAUGGGGGAGCACAGGGUCAUCCUGCCCGAUGAUGUGCGAGACUUUAUACAGAGCCUGAACCGGCGCCCCGGUUCCUCCUACAUCCGUUAUGCUGAGUCUUCCAUGAAGAACAGCUUUGGGCUGAAAUACUUGCACAAAUUUUUUAACAUUCCCUUUCUGCAGCUUCAGCGAGAAACCUUGUUACGACAACUGGAAACGAACCAGCUGGACAUCGAUGCCACGCUCGAGGAGCUCUCAGUCCAACAAGAGACGGAGGACCAGAAUUACGAAAUAUUCCUGGAAAUGUUAGAGAAUAAUAAACGUCUGGCUUCUCCAGUGGCGACCAACGGGCAAAGCCCAUCCUCCGAAUCUCAGUUCCCAGUGGUCCCCAUGAACUCUGGUUCUCCCGACAGCUCUGGCCCUGGCACGCCACUUCAGAUACCUACCAUAGUGCCUGCGUCCCCUCCCCUGGCUGCUUCUCCACCACCCCCUGCCCUGGAUGUCUCUGAAGUCUCUGGUCCUUCUCCCUCCACAGUGUCAUCUCCUCCAUUAUCUCAGCAACCUCAGCAGAAACGCGGCUUCAUGUCCCGUCUUUUUGGUUCCUCCACUCCUGAGAGUCCUCCGGCCAAACCAGCAGAGACCCUGUCACAUGCAGAGCAGCCUGGGAAGGUACAAAGCGUAGAAGACUUUAUACCUGAGGACAGCUUGGACCGCAGCUUCCUGGAGGAUAGCUCGACGGUAGGGAGAGCGUCUCCACGAGAAAGGCGAGACAGCGACAGUGACGGGGAUGUACCUGGGACAAACCCCAUGGUCGCCGGCUUCCAGGAUGACUUGGAUCCUGACGACAAGGUGGCGAUGAAAUCUUCUCUGUCCGUCCUCCCCAGUAAGAACAUUACCCUGACCAGUGAUGAGGAGGACACCGCCGCCCCUGUACAGGUCACCAGAGAUGAAGACAUUGAUGCGGAGAUAUUUUCAUGGAAAAUGACUCCACCCUCAGUCCCUCAGAAACAGGAAACGGCGCCAACAUCAGGUCCGCCCUCCAGCAAAGCCAAAAAUAAUAAGGCGAAAGUCCAGGAGGACUCUGACAGCGACCAGGAGGGGCCCAUAGCCACACAGAUGCUUUCCUUUGUCAUGGAUGACCCGGACUUCGACAGUGAAGAUUCCGCGCCGGUAUCAAAGACCAAGGAAGAUUUCCCGGCGCUGAACAACAUGUCUGAAAGCUCGAGCGAGGAGACGGCCUCAGCUCCCCCUGCACAGCCGGUAAAGCCCACCGUGCUGGCCUUCAAGAUGAGGCAAGACGCUGAUCUUUUCGGCUUAGGAUUUGAGGAAAAAGCGACCAAGGAAAGCGAGGAAGAAAAGGAAAGCAAAGCCUCCAAGGAGAAAAAGAAGAAGAAAAAGAAAUCUAAGGAGGCUCCAGAAGAAGACAAAUCAACCAAGAAAAAGUCUAAACACAAGAAGAGCAAAGAAAAGGAGGAGGGCAAAGAGGAGAAAAAGAAAAAGCCCAAGAAGAGCAAGGACAAAGAGUUUGAUGAACUGGAGGCUUUCCUGGGGGGCGGCGGACCCAGCAAGCCAAGUUCAGGCGGAGAGUACGAGGAGCUGUAGGUGGUGCGGGCCGUUCCUUGGAUUAAGGUCUCUUCCUCCUUCACCGCUCACUCCACCCAGAGCAAGCACAACCUUGUUCUCCCGCAUGGCGGUGCUCUAUAGCCGGAGCAUAAAGGCCUCUUAGUGGAGAGAGGAACCGGUUGUCCAUCUCUGCUCCCGUCAUCUUCUUUCUUGGAUCUUGAUCUUUGCUCCUCACCCAGAACUUUACAAAAGCGAGAAACGGUAGAAAAUGCGCUCGGGAGGAACAGCGAGGAAGCAUCGACAUGUCCUGUCCCCUCCUGGAUUCAUUCCGGUCACCUCCGACCUCCAUCGUACUGUGCACUAAUCCACAGGCUGCGGAAUCUCUCCGCUCCCUCCCAGAAAUCUCUGCGGUCGCUUCACUAGUGAACUUGUGCUAGAA